UGAGCAUAAAAGGACAGUGCCUGACUCCCACACUCUGUCUCCCAAUAAGCAAUCCUCUUCACCCUCUGCACCACCCUAGAGCCGAACAAGGAACAAGAAGAUGUCUGUCGCUGGUAUUGUGCUCCUUACCCGCCAUGGCGACCGCCAGGGCUUCUACCAGUCCCCGACGACGUACACGGCCAAGUCGACGAACCUGACCGUGCUCGGCUACCAGCAGGAGUACAAGAAUGGUCAGGACCUGCGCACCGCCUACUUUGCAGGCGACAACGCCAUCCAGGGCAUGAGCACCGAGGCAGCUCAGGGCAACCAGCUGCGUGUUAUGGCUGACGCAGGCGGUGAGGGAACCGUCAUUGUCGAUUCAACCAACGCUUUGCUCCAGGGUCUCUACCCUCCCUACAACGACAGUCUGCUUCUUGCCAACGGCACUACAGUCUCGUGGGACCGCGCCCAGCUGGUUGAGGUCGAGACGAUCGAGUCGGACCAGUCUGUCUGGCUCGAAGGGUGGACGAACUGCGACGCCUUCCAGACUCGUCUCAACAACUGGUACAACUCCAGCGAGUUCAAGGCACAGGCCAAAAUUGCCAACCCGUUCUUCAGCACCCUGACCAACAUCGUGGGCACCAACCGGCCCUUGACGCUCGAGAAUGCAUGGAACCUGUUCGACUUCCUCAACGUCGAGAGUAUUCACAACUCGACGCUCGCACCCCUCAUCAGUGCCUCAACUCUGGCCCAGGCCCGGUACUGGGCCGAUUACCACGAAUCCGGCUCCUUUACCGACUCGGACCUGUCCAACGUCGGAAACAUUGCCGGCCAGGCCAUCCUCCCUCCCCUUCUCUCGGGCAUCAACGAUAUCGCCAACACGACGAACCCCAUCAAGUACGUCCACCUCUCGGCCUCGUACAAGCCUUUCCUCGCCCUGGCCAAGCUCCUCGCCCUGCCCGACCCGCUCUCGACCUCCGUCGUCGACUACGCUGCUUCGGCCAUCUUUGAAGUCCGCACCGACAACACUGUCCGCUUCCUCUUCCGCAACAGCUCCACCGAGGACAGCUGGACCUCGUACCCCAUGCUUGGCCGCCAGGCUAGUAGCGCAAACUCUGUGUCCAUCAGCGACUUUGAAAGCGCACUGCAGCCCUACAACCUGCCCACUUUGGCCGACUGGUGCGACAAGUGCUCCACGACGGACGCCCGCGGCUGCAGCGCCCUGGCUCAGCUCAAUGGCACCGGUGGUGCUGGCUACGCCAGCAUCACGUCGACCACGGGCAGGCACCACGUCAGCCCAGUCGUGGGCGGUGUGAUUGGCGCCAUGGUUACCCUCGCCCUCGUCGCCGUCGGCUUUGCCAUCUUCCUCGCCGUCGGCCCCUUGAGGAACAAGCGCCGCAACGGACGAAGCUCCGGCGGCAGCGACCACGGCUCUUCGGUCGACACGAGGACAAACGGUCACCACCACCUCGAGGAGAAGACAUCGGCGCAUUGAGCCACCCCUUCGUGUCUAUCCCCCUCUUCCGUUUGUGCACCUCGGAUCUGUAUGUUGAUAAGGGGUUUUUUGUAUCACCGUUUGUCUGUUACCCUCCUCCUCUUGCAAACCCUUGCUAUUUUCUGUUC